GGCUCAAUUUUGUUUCGCCCUCCGCCAAGUGAACAAGUCGCGUUUUCUCGGUCGUUCGAUUUAUUUUCCUUUCCGUUUCGUUUUUGUUUUUCCGUUUUUUACGUUCUGUUUAAGUUUUUUGGUUUUUGGCAAAAUUCGUUUCUUUAAAACUCGAAAAAAUAAAAAAAAAAUCUUCGGCACGUGAAAGCCUAAACCACGGGAUGCGUGGCUUAAGUCCGUGACAUUGAUUGGAGCACUCUUGGACCUUUAUUGAGAAGAGACCCCUUUAUUUAGUGCGAUUGAUUGUGAUUUCGUUUAUGUCGCCGUGUCGAUGAACGAGUUAGUGGUAGGCCUCAACAGCAGGGAAUAAUUUCCGAAGUGUGAUUGAUUUACGCUUGAGUUUUGCUGUACAAUCAAACGAAGAAACGUCGGGGAAAGUAUUUUUUUUUAUAAAUCUUUCCAACCGGUGGUAUGAAGUACUGUGUUACGUAAAGUGAUAAAACGCAGAAGCUACGUGCAAUCGAGGCGCGAAGGAUAGUGCAAAUGUAAUUUAGAAGAGCAGAAUAUUGCUGUCGACUAAAAAUAGGAUUAUUUAUGACUUUUGUUUGAAAACUUGUUUAUUAUUGUAGAGGAGAACUGUUUUCAAACAUUGAUGAAACAAUACGAGGAAACCGAAGCGACUGUAGAAACGACAAGCACUGAAUUUAUCACGCAAACUGUAUGACGCUUUUCGCUAGUCAAGUCAAGAAGAACAAACAGAACGAUUAUCAUCAGUAUUACUACAUAAUAUAAGUCUUAACGAAAAUAAGCGGCAAAACUGACAGAGAAAUCCAAAAAAUUUUAACUGACUGUACGGGGAAGCUUCAGCGUAUACGUUUUUAUCGAACCCAGAGAACUAUUUCGGAGCGUAUAACCGACGACUGCAUUAGAACUUUUACAUAUACACGGCAUCCUGAUCCCCGUCAUCCUCGUUCUCAUCCCACUCGGAGCUUUUCACUUGUAACGAUUGAGGAAGUAGUUUCGAAGCAUACCAUCUCCGCCCACCAAAAGGUUGACAUGAUGACGAACGGAAUUGCGGAUAACCAACAGAAUGGUGGCGGAGGCCAGGAGGACUCCAAAACCAAUCUCAUUGUCAAUUAUCUGCCACAGCAAAUGACCCAGGAGGAGAUCCGGUCACUUUUCUCCAGCAUCGGUGAAGUAGAAAGCUGCAAACUGAUUAGAGAUAAAGUUACGGGUCAAAGUUUAGGCUACGGUUUCGUGAACUAUCAACGAGCGGAGGAUGCCAGCAAAGCAAUCAGCACAUUGAACGGCCUAAGACUGCAGAACAAGCAGAUUAAGGUAUCAUUUGCACGGCCAAGUUCCGAAGCAAUCAAGGGAGCUAAUCUGUAUGUAUCCGGGCUGCCGAAGAAUAUGCUUCAAGCGGAUCUGGAAGCGCUGUUCAGCCCAUACGGACGCAUCAUCACCUCUCGCAUACUGUGUGACAAUAUAACUGCACGACAGUACGCUUCGGCUUCUGGAGAUACUUCGCCCGGUCUUUCCAAAGGUGUGGGCUUUAUCCGCUUUGAUCAACGCAUGGAAGCUGAGAAGGCCAUCAAGGAGCUGAACGGUACAGUACCGAAGGGAUCCACCGAACCGAUAACCGUAAAAUUUGCCAACAAUCCAAGCAAUACGAAAACCGUCCCUGCACUAGCAGCUUACCUGGGUCCUCAGGCGGCUCGACGUUUUCCCGGACCGAUUCAUCACGCGACGGGGCGAUUCAGUGCUAUUCCGAAUUACAGAUACUCGCCACUGGCCGGGGACCUGCUGGCCAACACCAUGAUCCCAACGAAUGCUAUCGCCAACGGGUCCGGUUGGUGUAUCUUCGUGUACAACCUGGCUCCGGAGACGGAGGAAAAUGUUCUGUGGCAGUUGUUCGGACCAUUUGGAGCGGUUCAGUCCGUCAAGGUUAUCAAAGACCUGCAAACCAACAAAUGCAAAGGUUUUGGCUUUGUCACCAUGACAAACUACGAUGAGGCCGUUGUCGCCAUUCAAUCGUUGAACGGUUAUACCCUCGGAAAUCGUGUUCUGCAGGUUAGCUUUAAAACCAACAAAUCUAAGAACGCGUAAAAAAAGUGAGACGAAGGACAGCGGGAGAUCCCAUUCAAAAAAUGAUCCGAGCGAAGGAAAGCAGAUUUAUUUGCGUUCGUUAUUUUAAGUUAUCCGAAAUAUGGGAAAUUUACUGAAACAACAAACAACACACAAGUUAGACGAACGAACAUGUCAGUAUUCGAUCUCGAAACGUGGAAGAAGGGCUCGAUACCAUUUUCCCUAGAACAUUCAUUAUAAAAAUACCGUAGGACAAAGAAAAGGGAGAUUGCGAAUACACGAGAGAAAAAAGGAAGUAGUGAUUGUGACAAAACAAACAAAAAAAACUGGCCAACGAAUACGCGAUGAUGAUUGCAGCAAGGCUGCAAUCGAAACACAGAAAUAAUUCCAAGAUUUUUUAAUCGAACAAGUUACACGGUAGGGCCUCUCGCAUGUGACAUCUUCCGUCCAUGUGGGGGCGAUUAUAAAGCAGGUGGGGCAUUUUUGCUCCAUUCAGAGGCUCCAUUUUUUCCAAAUCCAUUAGGACAACGUUUUCAUCUAGUAGAUUUUUAGAUCAAUUUAUCGGAACAAACCGGUAUGCAUGGAUUUAGCUAUUUAGGGCAAUUUUUUAUACACACAGUGUAGCGAAGAAACGUGAUGACGGAAAGGAGCAAUCGGUGGAAGUGAAAGAAAAGUGAACAACUUGCCGGAUAGUACUGUUUUUUUGCGUUAGUUCUUAAUUAUUUGUUGGAUUUUUUGGUUAGAUUAGUAAUGGCUUUUCAGUUAUGGAAGGUUCUUCUGGAUUGAUUUCGAGUUAGAUUGUUUCGUUUGAUUAUCUGAAAGGUUAUUUUAAAAUGUCUCACUGGUUACCAUUAUCUACUUUCUUUGUACUUGAUGCGUUCGUCUGCUAACCACAUAUGAGUUAUAUUUGUAUUUGUUUAUGUUGAACGUAAUAAAAUAACAAGAAAACACACCGUUCAAGUUUCGAGCGGCAAACUACACCUGAUUCAAUCUAAGUCACCACAUAAUCGGGACAGCCGUCGCCGAACCAGAGUUUAUUCUAGUCUUUUCGAUUACGAACCUAUUACACUAUUAUAAUUAGUAUAUUUAAUAUGUUUAAUAUUAUUUAUCGAAUUCGUAUGUAUUUUAUUAUAAACUGUCGCUGAGAUGUGUAGUGUUUGAGUUGUAGUUUAUAGUUUGUGUUAAUUUAUUUAUGUACGUUCAAUAUCUUUUUACAUGUUCGAAACACACUACAACGACUUAUUCAUUCGAUUAAGUUAAACCUUUGGCUGGUCAACUGCUUUGAUUUCGUGCACUUUAUGUUGGAAUGAUAAUGACAAGGAGUAAAAUACACUAUGCAAAACUAUAA